CAAGGCAGCUACUCGGAAUAAGAGUCAGGCAGGGGACAUAACGUUAGGAGCAUUUUCGGAGGGGUUAGGAGACAUUUCUGAUAUGGCGGCCGCAGAGCAGUGGCUUCUUAUGUACCUGUCUUUGUUUUCCCUCAAGGAGUGGACUUUAGCUUUUAAUUUGGAUACGGAAAAUGUCAUUAAGAAAACCGGAGAACACUCCAGCCUGUUUGGUUUUUCCCUUGCUAUGCACCAGCAGCUAGUACCAUCAGAUGAAAUAAUGUUACUGGUUGGUGCUCCGAAAGCAAAAGGAUUUCCAGAGCAAAAAGCUAAAGUAACAGGAGGAUUAUACAAAUGCCCUGUUACAGAUCGAGAAAAAGACUGUGAGCGUGCCAUUUUUGACAAUGAUGUUGACGUAUCGCAGGAAAGCAAAGAUAAUCAAUGGAUGGGUGUAUCUGUGGAAAGCCAGGGUAUAGGAGGAAAGGUUAUGGUUUGCGCACAUCGAUAUGAGCAAAGGCGACUUGUGAAUAAGCCGGAGGAGUCUCGUGAUGUGACUGGACAGUGCUACAUUUUGAGCCAGGAUCUAGUAUUCCGAGAAGAUGAAACUGAUAUAAAUGUGAAACUUUGUGCUGGGCGACCCCAAGGUCAUGAAAAGUUUGGUAUCUGUCAGCAAGGUGUUGCUAGUGCUUUCACCAAGGGCGCUAAUUAUUCUGUGUAUGGAGCUCCAGGUGCCUACAAUUGGAAAGGAAUUGUGCAUGUAGAAUCCAGAGAUAUUGAGGAAAUUAAUUUUGACGAUGGACCCUAUGAAGUUGGUGAUGAAAAUAUCAGGGAUGAAAAAAUGGUACCUGUUCCUGCUAACAGCUAUUUAGGCUUCUCUUUGGACUCGGGCAAGGGAAUAACAUCUCAAGACACAUUGACCAUUGUAUCGGGUGCACCAAGAGCUAACCACACUGGAGCUGUUCUUUUCCUAAAGAUGGAGAAAUCAACACGAAACUUAAUGACUGAAUACAUCCUGAAUGGAGAAGGACUAGCAUCAUCGUUUGGAUAUGAUAUUGCUGUGGUGGAUCUUAAUAGAGACAGGUGGCUGGAUCUUGUGGUUGGUGCACCACAGUUCUUUGAUAGAGAAGCAGAAAUUGGUGGUGCUGCAUAUGUUUAUAUCAAUGAAAAGGGGGACUGGAAUAAGGCAAAUCUUAUUCGAUUAAAUGGUACCAAGGACUCCAUGUUCGGAUUGGCUGUUGAAAAUAUAGGUGACAUUAACCAGGAUGGAUAUCCAGAUAUUGCUGUUGGAGCGCCAUAUGAUAACAAAGGCAAAGUUUUCAUAUACCAUGGAUCUGGUUCUGGAAUAAAUACAAAACCAGCACAGAUCCUUGAGGCGAAAGAUUCUUCUGUCAAUCACUUUGGCUACUCUCUUGCGGGCAACAUGGAUCUAGAUGGGAACGGCUAUCCUGACGUGGCUGUUGGAUCACUUAGUGAUGCAGUCUUUAUGUACAGGGCCCGGCCUGUUAUAAAAAUUGAGAAAAGUGUUACUACUGAACCCAAGGAUAUUGAUAUUAAUAAAAAUAAUUGCCCUAAUCGCCAAGGAAUUUGUGUGACUGUACGGGCAUGCUUUAAGUACACAGCUUACUUCAAAGAUUUCAAUCCCAAGAUAAAUGUGGGCUACCGGCUUGAAGCUGACACUGAAAGAAAGAAACUGGGUCUGCAAUCAAGAGUCUUCUUUAUUGGUCAAGGGAAUGAACAGGAAAAUCAGUUCUUGGGCAAUAUUGAAUUAGAAGCCCAAAACAAAGAGAAGUGUAUCGUUCAACACUUGAAGUUUCAGGACAAUAUCAAAGAUAAACUGCGCCCUGUUCCCAUAUCAGUUGGAGUGGAGAUCAAACAGUCUCGGCGCAAGAAAAGGCAGAAUUCUAACUUAAUCGACUUGCCUCCUGUCCUCGAUCAGAGUGAGCCUUUGGUUACACAGCUCCAGUUUAUGAAGGAAGGUUGUGGGGAUGACAAUAUUUGCCAGAGUAAUCUUCAAUUAAAGUACCGGUUUGGCUCCAGGAUUGAAAAACAACAGGAUAAAUUUGAUCCUUUACUUAUGGAGGAUAAUGUACCAGUAUUUAAAUUAAGUGACCAGAACGAUAUCGUACUGGAAAUAACCGUUUCUAACAAGCCAUCAGAUCCAAAAAACCAACACAAAGAUGGGGAUGAUGCACAUGAAGCUCACUUGAUUGCAACCUUUCCAGAUACAUUGACUUACUCUGCAUAUCGAGUAUCAACACUAAAUCAAGACAAAGUAUUAUGCACAGCUAAUCAGAAUGGGUCUCAAGCACAAUGUGAAUUGGGAAAUCCCUUAAAGAGAGGAUCAGAGGUUACUUUCCACUUGAUCAUGAGUACUGCUGGAAUUACACUGAACACCAGAAACCUUAGCAUCAAUUUACAGCUUGAAACGACCAGUGAACAGGUUAAUCGGUUAUCUGUCGCUACCGCUCGAGUAGUGAUUGAACUGCUUUUGUCUGUAGUUGGUGCUGCAAAACCAUCUCAGGUGUACUUUGGAGGUUCAGAAGUGGGUGAGAGUGCUAUGAAGACUGAGGAGGAUAUUGGAAGUUUGAUUCAGUACGAGUUCAGGAUUAUUAAUUUAGGAAGAUCACUUAAAACUUUGGAUGAUGCUUGGCUACAAAUCAUGUGGCCAAAGGAGAUCUACAAUGGAAAAUGGCUACUCUAUUUGAUGAAAAUGAACUCAAAGGGCAUAAAUUAUGCAUCCUGUCAGCCUCAAGAUGAAAUUAACAAACUAAAUUUAAAGGAACUUCCAAUUCAAACAAGAAAGAGAAGAGAACUUGAGGGCAAUGAAAACAAUCCAGGAUUGAUUUCUUCCUUCCUCUCUGAUAAAAGAAAGUAUAUAACUCUGGAAUGUGGUCAGAGUGCUAAAUGUGUUAAUAUAAAGUGUCCCCUCAGUGGUCUUGAUAGCAAUGCAUUCCUGGUCUUGCAUUCACGACUAUGGAACACUACUUUCCUGGAGGAAUUUUCCAAACUGAACUAUCUUGACAUCAUUGUUAAAGCCAUGAUAAGUGUUGAAUCUAAGGCCAAAAACAUUGUGGUUAAGAAUUCAGAAACUAAGGUACGGGUUACAGUAUUUCCUGAAAAAACAGUGAGCCAUUAUUUUGGAAUUCCUUGGUGGAUCAUUUUUGUUGCUAUCCUGGUUGGAAUUUUGUUAUUGGCACUUUUAAUAUUUUUAUUAUGGAAGUGUGGAUUUUUUAAACGUUCCCGUUAUGAAGAUAGUGUUCCACGGUACCAUGCAGUUCGAAUCCGAAAGGAGCGACAACCCUUUCAGGAUGAAAAAUUAAGCAAGAAACAAAACAAGAAACAAUGGAUGACAACCUGGCAGGAAAAUGAGAGUUACUCCUAAGAAUUUUUUCCCCCCAAGAAUGCUUGAAACUAAUUGAAUUUAGAACUCCAAAGCAACUCCAUCCAUUUUUGGUACUGCAUGAUUGUGCAUUGGGUUCUCUUCAAUUGAGGAUGCUUGUUGGUAAUGCAGAGUCUUCUGCUCUGCAUAUGUAUCUCAGUGUGUUUUAUCCUUUACAUCCAGAAUACCACUUUGUGUAUAUGGCUUUUUAGGACUGUGUUUCAAGGUUUGGUGCUGAAGAUGUGCCUUACAGACCAAGUGUGCAGCAGUCUUGGAUUGGAUUAGUGUCUGCUUCAGAACAUGGGUGUGAAAACCACUUCCAAUUAUUUCAAUAACAUUUUGGCUUUGGCCUUUUUUAAUUGGUCAAAUGUAGCAGACUAUUAAUUUUUUAAAUGGCCAGGACCCAGGUUAAAUGAGCAGAAAUAUAGUCCAGAGCAUGAAAAAUGAAUUGUACAGUUUUAUAAAUAGUUAUAUAUUUUAGAAUGUCCUGGUAUUUAUUUUGUCAUAAAAUGUUGUCCUUUUUUUUAAUUAGUAGGGCAUGGAUUUCCCUUCAAGGAGGGAAAAAAGUAUUUUGAAUGUAGAAAUGGACUACAUAAGCCUCUAUUCAAUAUUUUAGUCAAGAUAUAGACUUGAAUUAAUUGGGUGUAAAUAUCUUGAAGAAAAGCUAUUUGUUUAUAUUUAGCUUUAUUCAGAAUAAUUUUAUUCGCCACAUGCUACUGAAAAAGGGAGGCAAAGAUUUAAUGUACUCUUGCAGCUUGUUAAACUGGAUACUGUAUUGCAUUUUGUCCAAAAAAAGCAAUUGCUACUUUUCAUUACCAGAGGUCAAAUGUUCCUGUACUAUAAAAGUUAAGAAUGCUGUAAUAAUAAAUUUAUGUACAUAUUUACUUUGCAAAGGAAAGUAUGUAGAUGGAGUUAGCCAUCUGUAACACAACAGAUUUCAGUUAGUAUAAAAGUAUUUUGUGCCUGAGAGCAUGAAGGUGGUGACUAAUGGUGUCUAUUAUAUUGGAGGAGGGAAAGGGAGUGCCAGCCAGUUACAGGUACUAACCGAGAUAUUAUAGAAGAAUAGUACUUAGCAAAACUUACUGGGAAGGAGGUAUCUAUGCCUAUAUCACAGGGACUUUGCAAUACCCACUGAUGAGGGUGGAGAGGUUUGUCUUUCAGUCAAUAGCCAACUUUUUUUUCCUUGGACAAGUGCUGUACUCUGGGUGUGGCUUCUAGACUGCUUGUUUUAUUUUGCGAAUAAUACAUCAUCCUAGAACAUCAUCUAUGCUGUCCAUUCAGUAUUAUGUUAUCUUAAUAUUCCAGCAUUAUGCACAAGUUAUAAUUGAUGCAUGAGUAUUUACACACUAUCUGAAUGAUAAAAUGUAAAUUAUCUUUGUCCUGACCUAUAGAUUCCAUAUUUGAAUCCUUUUCCAAAACCAGUAGUGUACUUCAAUAGAUAAAUCUGAUAAGGAAGACUUUGAUGUUUGAACUAGUUUUUCUUCACCAAUAAUAUUCUGUGAAGAAGUUCCUCUACUUAAAUUACAUUUCUUCUUUUAAUGACAAGUUUUACCAUUAAUAACAAAGAGACUGAGGUAAUCAUUUGGCACACUAUUUUCUAAAAUGCAGUUUGGAUUUUCCAGUAUCCUUAUAACAUCAUUCUGUAAUGAUAAUACUUUUUUCUGCAAUUUCAUUUUAAGUUAAGUUUAUAAAUUCAAGUGAUACUGGAUUCAUUUUUUUAAUUGUCCUUUGUCUCAUUUUGCACAGUUGUAGGUAUUUCUUCAUACCAGAUAUUUACAUUCAUUUUUAUAUUAGUGGAUUCAAGGGAAGUAUUAAUUUUAAAAAAAUUUAAAAAUUGUACACUCCAGAACUAAAUAUCUUCAAUAUUUGCUGGUUGAUUGAUUCAGCCCCACACCCUAACCCACUGACAAAUGGUUUCUUGAAAAUUGUGUUUCUAUUUUCAUCAAACAAUUUCAUUUGGUGAUUAUUUUUAAAAAUGUGGUUAUUUGAUUUGUAGCAGAACAAAUAAGGCUCUAUCUUGCUAUUUAUCAAGUAAGCAUAAGAGAGCAUACAAGUAUUUCAAAACUUUGAAAAAUUAUUUUUUUUAAAGUUGAUUUUCAAUUAUUAUCUUGAUUACUGCAGGAAGAAGAUACACAUUUGAACCUUAAGUUUUCAUAAAUCUGCUUUUACAAUUUAAAUCAUGGAUGCAAGUAAUUUUAGCUUUCUCCACCUGGGAUUUUAUUUGGGAUUUUAAAAUUGUCAGUCAAAUUAUUUUUCAUUUUCCUCUGGUUCACUUCUCUUUGCUGAGGUAUAGUUUCAUUAUAGCUAGUCAACUUCCAUGAAGUAUUUGGGCAUUUCUUAUGUGCUCUAACAUGACAGCCUCUCUGAUGGAGUGUGGGAAGGAACUGCUGGGAGGGGAAGGUGGAAUAGGAUGACAAUAGUUAAACCUGUUCCCACCUGUGGCUGACAUGUAUGUUUUCCACCAUGGGUCAAGGCAAAUGAAUGUGAACUGGUAUCAUUUUCCCUUUCCUGAUCCUGGGAAACCGAAGUCAAUUAAGCAUGAUGAGCACUGACCAAAAUUGGACAAACAGCUGCAGGCCUCAACUUAGUACGAAACUUACCAAAAAAUAAUUUUAAUAAGUUUCUUAAAAAUUUUUAAUAUAAAAAAUAAAACUCCUGCAAUUUCCAAAAGACACUGAUGUGGCUAAUCAUUGCAGAAAUAUAAAUAAUUUGCUAAUUAUUUCCAUCCUUGCUCAAAAAAUUUUUUUCUCUCUCUAUAUACACACACACCACCAGUAAGCUCAACUUUUGAAUGGUUCAGUUCUUCGGCUGCAAAGGGUGCUAGCCUGCAACUUCAAGUUCAAAAUUUGCUCUGUAUGUUGCAUUGUUUCAGGGCAAUGUGAUUGUUAAACUUCCCAAACUGAGCUUUUUAAAAUUACCACAGCCUUACUGCUUGCAACAGACUAAUAUGGCAUUGCAUCUGUGAAUAUUAGUUUAUAAUGUUAUCUGUUUGAUCAUGGAUGAGCACAAAAUUCAACUUUGCCAAUUUCAGCAAACUUACAAAAAGGCCAUUUGUCCUUUUUUAAAAAACAAACUGAAAUAAAGUUUGGUGAAUGCA